ACAUCCAAAAGCAUGAAACCACCUCACAAGUUGUUAUGCAAGUCACGGUUCUCUGAACCCACAAAAGAAACCACUAUUUAAGGAGUUAUGUUUCCCCCAACACAGUCUUUUUCUAAGCACCAUUUCACACAAACACACACCUUUCUGUUCUUCUCCCUUCACUUCCUUCCCUCUAUUCCCUCAUCCUAUCUUCACUUACACACAUUCUCACCAAAAACAUUGUCAUUCCAUUCUUGUACCAGGACUUUGAAAGUUUUUGAUGGAUGCAAUGGAGAACUAUUAUUAUAGCCAGAGAGACACAAUGGCAGAGGAAGCGUUUGAUUUGCCACCAGGGUUCAGGUUCCAUCCCACGGAUGAAGAACUCAUCACUCAUUACCUCUCACAGAAGGUUCUUGACAACUGCUUCUGCUCUAGGGCCAUUGGAGAGGCUGAUUUGAACAAGUGCGAGCCAUGGGAUUUGCCUUGUAUGGCAAAAAUGGGUGAAAAGGAGUGGUAUUUUUUCUCCGUGAGGGACAGAAAAUACCCAACUGGGCAAAGGACUAAUAGAGCCACCGGUGCUGGUUACUGGAAGGCCACGGGCAAAGACAAAGAGAUAUACAAGGCAAAGAAACUCAUUGGGAUGAAGAAAACUCUGGUUUUCUACAAAGGAAGAGCUCCGAGUGGUGAAAAAACCAACUGGGUCAUGCAUGAAUACAGACUAGAAGACGAUCAUUCUAUGCACAAUCCACACAAAAAGGCCAUGAAUGAUUGGGCCAUCUGCAGGAUUUUUGAGAAGACCAACUGCGGGAAGAAAAUGCAGAUUUCUGGUUUGGUGAGGUUGAGUUCCUUUGGGAAGGAGAUGCCUUCAUUGAUGGAUUCUUCUCAAUACAACACGAGUGAAGCAAAACCUGUUUUGGGGGAAUCAUCACAUUUGUCAUCAGAUCGAAACCAGAGUGAUGAAAACAUAGCUGAGAGCUUAGAAACUCUGAUGAUGGCAUCUUCAUCUUCGUAUUCUUCAAACCCCUUUGAUGUUUCCCCUGCUUCUUGGAGUGUGCCACACCAAUCCCUCCAAGCUGGGAACUCAAACUAUUCCAUGGAUGAGGAACAACAGUCCAUGUUGGGGAUGCUGAUUGAAAACCAUGGAUCAAGCACAACCCUAAGAACUCAUAAAGCACUUGAUAAUGACUUUGAUGCUGACACUUCCUCUCUCAUCUACAAUGAUGAAAUCUUUCACAGAUCAUUCGGGAACCAGGAAUAUUCAUCACCUUCUCUGUGGGGAUUCUAAACAAAUUCAACAG